CUGACACACACACGCACACACACGGCGACUCUGUAAACCUACUACAGCAGGAUCUUCUCACAGAGGGCUGAAGAUGGUGUGAUUCAGUACUGUGUGAUGGAGGAUUUUAAAGGCCAGAAUUAUAAACAAACUUCAGUGAAAGAACCAGUGCCUACCAAAGAGAACAUCAUCGCUUUCCACAUAAGCUUCAAGAACAUUAGGAAGAUUUAGUGCCGAAUUAAUCAUCAUGAUAGACCUCAGCUACCUGACUGAGGAGGAGCAGGAGGCAAUUAUGGCAGUGUUAAAAAGGGAUGCAGAGCUGAAAAAGACAGAACAAGAACGAGUCAAGCAUUUGCAAAAGCAAGGCCCUGAGGAGGGCAAACUGAAGUAUAUCACAGGGGAGUGGUUUUAUGAGGUAAAGUCUCAGAGACACCAGGACAGAAUUCAUGGCUCGGAUAUUAUCAUGGCAUCCAUGAAACAGAAGAAACCCAUGUCAGUAGAGUUUUUGGCACAGUCAUGGAAAGAGCACCCGAAUAAAACCAACAACGAUCUCAUGACACCACAACCAAAGUCAACAGACAGUCUAAAGGAGAGCAGGAGAACAACAGAGACUCAGCAACAGCGUGUAAACAGGCAAAGGCACAAUCCAUUUGAUAAUGUGCCUGUUGACCUAGACCUUGAUGUACCAGACAGUGCCUCAGUGACUGUAGACAUUACAAAUCCACCAGCUGAAGUGCUACCUUCACUUGAGACUCAUGAAGAAAUGGAAGUCAAGACGAAAGGCUUUAAUAUUUCACAAGAAACAAUCCCUCGUCAAAAACCCGUGCCAAAGAAAAGAACUAAAAUAUUUAAUCUCCAGAACUCAAUUACAGACAGCACCAGCUCUACCUCCACUCAGAGUGUAUCUACAAGUUCUGCUGUGUCCACCCAAAGUGUCUCUACAGACUUCAGCACCAAGUCCCCCGUGUCCACCCAGAGUAUAUCCACAAGCUCGGACAGCAGGUCUACUUUGUCAACUCAGAGCAUGUCUACAAACUCAGAAAUCAAGUCUAUUCCACCAAUACGCAUCCUCAAACACAGUUUCAGCUGUAGCUCUAGUGACCCCAAUUUUAAGAGCCAGCUACCUCAACCCCUUAAACCCCUUAGAAUGGUUUCCACCAAGACUGGUCCUGAAAAAGUCAUUAAAGAGAAUACAAUACCCCAAAAGCAGAUAGAGCAACCAUCCCUUAGUUUAAAAGAUGAAGAGACAAAGGCCACUUCACCAGAGUCCUCUUCACUAAACUCUACCUUUCCAAAGUCACGACUGCCAGUCCGAUCCUCAUUGCUGUUAAGCAGUCCAACACAGACAGCUCAAGAGAAGCCAAAAAUUCAGCCACGACUAAGUCUGAGUUCCAGCACACAGUCAAAUGAUGAACAAAAAGCAACAGACCAAUUGCAUGCGAAGCAAAAAUGUGAAAAUAGUUUAAAUUUGUCGCUAUCAGCGGAACCAAAAAAACAAAAUAUAGCUGAGGGUUUUAUAAAAGAACCUCUUUCCACUCCUAAAACAAAAGUCAUGUCCCCAUUUGAAUCCCUGUUAGUCAAACCAUUAAAUGAUAGCACUGGCCCUCAGAUCUCACCAAAGAGCACAGAGAAAGAAGAAAGUAACACAUCCAAGAAGGAAAAUAAAAAUACACAAGAACAAGCAGGGCAUCCUUUGAGCUUAACAGCUCAGCUUGUACAUGAAGCCACCGACCCAUCUAAUAAGAUUGAUGCUUCCUUUGUGACACGUGAAAGUGAAUACAGGCCACAUCCAUUCAAUAUGAAGAUAACUAGAAGAUCUACCAUGAAAACACAAGACUCUGAUCCUCUCAUGGUGAAUUCUCCGAAAGCAUCUGAAGAGCAAGGAGACUCUAUUGCUAAGGUCCUCGAAUGGUUCAGCAGGAGCUCAGAGAGCAGUGGCAAACCUGACUGUGAGGACAAUAUACAAGACACAGAGGAUGAUAUCAAGAUUGAGGAUAUUGACUUUGAAGAUGAGGUCACUUUCAGACCCAUACCAGAGAACAAUGUUUACUUGAUCAUUCCAAGACAUAGUGACGAGGAUGCUGUUCUGAUGAAUGAUGCAUUUCUAAAAGAGAGAAAUAUAGCAGUAGAGCCAAAUUUGGAUAAAGAAGAAACUUCAAUGAGUCCACAUGGAGUUCAUGAACCGAUUGGUCAGCCCUACCCAUUGAGUUUGGGAGUAUCCUUUGCUUCCACUGAACUCAGCCACAGAUCACAUCUGGAUACAGCUAAUACACUACAGGACCCUAAAAAACUGAGUCUAAAAGAGCCAGAGACAGCUAGCAAAAAAGGAGAAAGCAGAAAUGCUGACAAGACAGGAGUUUUUAACAGUACACCCACUCAACAUAAAGUGGAAGACCCUGAGGAGAGUAAGUCAGCAAAAAGUGCAGAUUUGAGGGCACUGUUGGAUAUAGGUACUGCUGAGGCACCAAGGACGCUACUAAGCAAACCAAACAUAAAUUCUGAAAGGAAAAAUUAUGAACAAAACAUUGUAGGCAUGAAUGUGCCUGAGCAUAAAAAGGAACCAAACAAAGUUGAUAUAAGUCCAAAAUACUUAGUAUUUGAAAAAAUGAAUGAUUUACCUGUACAGGACUUUAAACAUAUAGACAAGAUGCAGUCCAAUGGCAUCACAUAUGAACCCUUAAAUAAAAAAGAAGUCAACGACAAGGAAAAAGCAGAAGAUAUGCAAGCGCCAGUGAAUAAUAUGAACGGAAUGGAAGAUAUAAUAGCUCUGAGUACCACCUCAGACAAAGAUGUUGCCAAACCUUUGAGCAACAAAUCCUUAUCAUUACAAGAUUCUGGGUCCAAGAUAGAAGACCUGAGCAAAGAAAAUGUUGAAGGAAAGGUGUACCCUAUUGACGAAGGACGCACGAAGGAGGUUGUUUGGAAAAUAAAGACAGAGCUAAAUGAAUCACAGCAAAAUUGUCCAACAUCAGAUGUUGACUCACGGCAACAAAAUGCAGUUCCAUUAAAGCAAGGCAUACAGCAACAAGACAACAGAGCAGAAAGGAUAAAAGAACUCAAAUCAUUCUGGGAGAGAGAGCAAUUGCAACCAAAUAUAUAUAUGAAAGCAACAGCAGCAAAUGACACAAACUCAUCUGCAGCAUGUACAAAGCUGAAUAAGAGGUUCACCAAAUCAGAAUAUGAUCUUAGAUCCAUUGGCACAGAAUCAGAGGAACAGACUGCAAAUUUCACUGUUAUUCCUCUACGAGACAAACUAGAGACGACAGUCACAGCAGAACGUAUGGACAGAUUACAGUUCAAGAUGCUUCGUGAUUUCUGGGCAGGAUCUAGCAAGCAAUCACCCAAUUUUGAAAACAUAAAUCAAAACCCAUUACAUCAGGAAGUUAAACAUACAAAACUUCAGAAACAGGUGAGUCAGCCUGAAGUGGUGAAUGAAAAGUAUUCCUUGAACCAAAAGGAUUCCCCAAUCCAGUCAGACAAAGGGUUUGUAAAUGAAAGUGGAAAUGCACUGUCUCCAAAGACAGACAGAGGGCUCCAGUUCUCUUUACAAGAGAAAACUGCUAUCAGACAUCCGGAUGCUGGUACCACAGCUACCUCUUCAACUGAAUCAGACAUGCAGACAUCAGACCAUUGUCCUCAGCAAAAAGAUACAACAUCCUCUAAAAGUGCAUGGAUGGCUAAUAAAGAAUCACAACUGCAGAUUAGAACUAGUAAGAAAGGAACUAUACAUGGAAGAGGAAAUUCACUUCGACGUGCUACCAGCAUGUUUGCAUUACACACAGAAGUUCCUGAUAAUGAUUUACUCUUGCAAUCCCAGGAAGUAACAACAGAAAGUACAAUGUUACCAUCCUCAAAAACACCAGAAGCUAAUUUACAAGUAAAAAAGUCUCCAGAAAUCACAGCAAGUAUGCAUAAAGCCAGUGAGAGAAGCACUCCCGAGGAUUCUGAUUCUCAACCACUUGCCAGGUCUCUUAUUCCAGGAGACUACCAGGAUUAUCUGGAUAUCACAGGAAAUAGAGGCAAGUUUAGUUCGCCCCAAGUCACAGAACAGAGAAGUGAUAUAGUCUGCACCCCAUUUCAGGCAGGUGAUAGUGGAAGGUGCUGUUAUGAAAAAGCUGAUACACUCCAAGACUCUGCAAAGCUUUUCACCAGGAGAGGGAGCUUGGAACUACAAGCCAGUGCACAUGCUAAUGAAGAUGUCAACCCAAAGAGCGUAUUAAACAGAGAUAACUCCUUCUCUGGGACAAGUGCAAACUCCACUGAGGUGAGCCUAGUCCAGGAAGUGCUGAGACGAGCGGCCACUAGGCCUGUAUACCAUAAAAGCCUUGAAGACAUUACUGCACUACCAAGACAAACUAGAAAAAGCAAACGCGUGGAUGAUUCCAUGCCUAGCAGCUAUGCAAUCUCCAGUACGCCAUCCCCAUCCUCGUCUUCCUUCUCAGAUAAGGAGCACUUGAGGAAGAUCAGCAAAUCGGUUCCUUCAUUCCUGGAGAAUGAGAAUGAUGGAGAUGUGAGUGACUCAGAGUGCAGCUCCCACAGUGGCAAGUACUGGAAAUACAGCAGCCCGCAAACUAAACCAAGCAACAUCUCACGCAUGCCCACGGUGUCUUCGAUGAGCUCGAGCAUCCUGAGUCUUUCCAGUGUAGAUUUUGCCAAUGUUGAUGUUCAAGGAACCAUCCAAUUUUCAAUCAACUAUGUUCAAAAGCUGAGGGAGUUCCACAUCUUUGUGGUUCAGUGCCAAAAUCUGGCCGCGGUAGAUGUGAAGAGGAAUCGAUCUGACCCAUAUGUUAAAAGUUACCUUAUUCCUGACACUGCCAAUUUGGGAAAAAGGAAAACAUCAGUGAAAAAGAAGACCUUGAACCCAACAUAUAAUGAGAUUUUAAGGUAUAGAGUUCGAAUGGAGUACUUAAAAACCCAGAUGCUUAACCUGUCUGUUUGGCACAAUGACACAUUUGGCCGCAACAGUUUUCUGGGAGAAACAGAAAUUGAUCUUUCCAAGUGGGACUUUGAAAAUCCUCAGAUAAACUGUUUAUCUCUCAAACCAAGGAACAUAGGCAGUAUCCUGUCAACAGAUGAUAGAGGAGAGAUGAGACUGGCCAUACGGUUCUUACCUCACUCUUACCUCUCAAAGUCAGUCCUAGGAUCAGGUGAAAUUCACAUCUGGGUCAAAGACUGCAAGAACCUUCCUUCUAUCCGAGGUUCUGUAAACCCAUAUGUGAAAUGUUGUGUACUGCCAGACACCAGCAAAAAGAGCUGUCAGAAGACACGACUGGUAAAGAAGACAGCAAGUCCUGUGUUUAACCACACAAUGGUCUAUGAUGGAUUCAGGACAGAGGACCUGAAGGAGGCCUGUGUGGAGCUCGCAGUGUGGAAUCACGACCGACUGGUUGAUCAUCUGGUUGGAGGACUGAGACUCGGCCUGGGAACAGGGGAAAGUUAUGGAAAAAAAGUGGAUUGGAUGGACUCUACUGCUACAGAGAUUGCUUUAUGGCAAAGGAUGAUGGAUUCACCAAGUGAGUGGGUGGAGGAUGUGUUGCCUUUAAGAAUGGUGGCAACAGCUAAAAAUACAAGGAAGUAACAUUUGAAAAUGUUUAAAUACAAGUAUGAAUAGUGUUUGAAUUAUAUUACUCAGAUUCUAAUCAUAUAGUAACAUUAAAUCAGUGAAUAAACAUUUCACAUAUUUAAAAGCAUUGUAUUGUAUUCCUGUAGCUUAGGUUGUGGAUAAUAUUUGAAAAUAUUCACAGCAGUGUGACUUACUUUGUCAUCACACAUAUUGUUAUUUUGAUCAAA